AUGAACGAGCCUCGAUGGAGAGGGUCGUCGUCAAACAUAUAUGAAUUUGAGCCGGGAAAAGUUCUGAAAGUGCCAAGAGAGGUCCCCUUAACCAACGACGGUCACGAUGUUCUUAAUCGAGACAGGGCAAAAGGGUUUGAAGUGGAACGGGGAAUCUACGAAGCGCUGGGAAAGAACAAGCUGAUACUUCCGUUUUACGGAUGUCGCGAAUUCGAGGGCCGCCAAGGAUUGUUGCUAGCUCAAGCCGACAGUAACUUACAGGAAAACCUUGAGGACGGGCUGGCGACAGUCACCAUGGAUGAACGGAAACGAUGGUGCUGUGAAGCAGUAGAUGUCAUAGCAUAUAUCCACAAUCGUGGCGUCGUGCACUCCGACCUACGGCCAGAGAACUUUCUGGUUCACGGGCGGGAUAUUUGGCUCAGCGACUUCAACGGUUCGGUGUGCAAAGAGCGUGACCUGGAUGGCGAGCAACUACCCGACGCUGGCUUCUGGAAUUUGAAGUUCGAGACGACGCCAGCUACCGACAUAUUUGCUCUUGGCUCUGUGCUCUACGCCAUAGUGACCGGAUGGUGGCCUUUUUGUAAGCCUGGUGUUACAGACAGGCUGAACAGGAAAAACGUCCAAUAUGAUGAGCAGGUUACAGAAAGGUUCGAGAGAGGACAUUUCCCGGAUGUUUCUUCAUUAUGGGGAGGUGACAUCAUCAUGGGCUGUUGGACUGACAAAUACAAGAGCGCCGCCGAUGUGAAGCGGGAUAUGGAUUUAGCCAUGUUAUCAAUGAGGGUGGAUUGA